AUGCACUCCGCCCUAUGUCUCGAUGAAAUUACUCGCCUUAUAGCCAAGAGUUCACAAUCAGACAAGCCGACCCUAUGCUCACUUGCCAGAACCUGUCGUUCGCUCGGCGAGCCCGCUCUAGACGCUCUUUGGGAACAGAUUCAAACUAUCACCCCCUUAUUCUUAUCUCUGCCCAAGGAUGUGUUCACCACAGAUCGCAAAACCAUUGUUUGGGGGACGCGUAUCGCCAAUGGUCACCCACAUAUUGAUAUGACAUACCGCCUCGCGCGCGAGAUCACUCCCACUGAGUGGAUCACCUUCUGUAAAUAUGCGGCCCGCGUCAAGGUUGUAACUCAUACGCCAGAUGACAAGCACGAAGAUAAGAGCAGCAACCCUGCAGCAUUAUGGGCCGAUGAGUAUGCGGCGACAAGGCUGCUACUCGACACCAUGGAACGCCUAGCCACAGAAACGCCAUCGCCACUCUUUCCCCGCCUCCAAGAGCUACAGUGGAGGAACUUUGACGUCUUCACAUACCCCUUCCUCCGAGCAGUCGCCAGCCCCUCCCUCAGUAGUCUAUCUUUAGAAGGGGGUCCUUUCAUGAACAUCGGUAAUGAAGCUGAGGACGAGAAUCUCCUCGCCACCAAACGUGCCGAGGCGUUCGAAGUAGUUGCAGACCUUGGAACACUGUUCCCGAGGAUGGAGUCAUUCACAUGGUGGAACUACGACGGGCAAAGUACACCCACGAGUGCUUUGUCGCGAGCACUUUGUCAUUGGCAACACCUGAGACAUCUCAAUGUCGGCAUCCCCCUCACUGACACCGCCCUUGCGCAUCUGUCUCAGCUUCCUUCCCUCCGUGUUCUGCAGAUGAGUCCCCACGUCCGCUCCUCAACGUCCACUCGCGUUCUUCCCUUGCAAGGAACAAAAUUUUUCUCCCUCGAGUCUUUCGAGCUGCAUGACGACACCAUGGAGGACGCACGCACAAGUUUCCUCGACGUGACAUGGCUUCUGCGGUUUAUAGGCGGUCAAAUAUCAUCCCGGAGCUUCUCAAUCUCCACACAGCAUAUUGCGUCUUCUCCGGACAUCCCAAGCCUUUUCGAAGCCUUGUCCGAGCACUUUGUCCGCGAGACCUUGACGUCCCUUAAUUUCCGCGAAAAUCUGUACUUCAGCCGGAUGAUGCCGAUGCAGGUAGACCAUACAGCUCUUGACACUUAUUCGCUCUCGUUUGCCAGCCUUCAGCCUGCACUCUGCUUUGAGAAUACGGAGAGCGUCAUCCUCGAUCUGGAAAGAAAGGUCACGCUGACCGACAGCGAGCUUCUUACAAUGGCUCAAGCUUGGCCGCGCCUCCGGGUGCUACGCCUCAGCUCUCGCCACGGCUGGCCCGCACCAGGUUCCAGCAUUACAUUUGCCGGACUGGAGGCAGUAUUAGAGGCCCUGACAUGCAUCGAGGACAUCGCGGUCGCCAUCAAUGGUUCAAGCACCCCUUCUCGCCCCGACGGCAGGGGGGGAGCCGGUACGGCUGGGGCUGGUCACGCUCCCCGCACUCUCAAGCUUCUCGAUUUGCUCAAUUCGAGCAAGGGAGGUCGAACCGGUGAUGCAGCCCUCUCCCUCCUUCACAUCCUCGCCAACGUCAGGUCCUGUGACUUACGCGCGUGGAAAUUCCAUAGCGACGGAUUUGGAGGUGUACCGAGAGAUCAAGAGUCCGCGCAGUGGUGGAAAUACGUCUUUGAAAUCCUCAAAGCGACGCGCCCUGAACUCGAUGCCGUAGCGGGGCACGAGAAGCGACAGGGUGCGUCUUGGGCAUCGGGAAUCUUUGAUGAACUUCUCGCCUAGACGUAGAACCAAGGUGAGGAAUCGAUUGAUCGGAGCAUUAAUUAAUUUUUGCUAUAACUUUGCCGUCUGAUCAAAGAGAAACAUGUGACUGACUUGUAAGAAUAUGUGGAUUGAGGUGUACUGUAAUCUG